AGCCUUGUCAAGUUCACUGGCUACAUUUUUCAGUAGAUUCUUCAGCGUUAUCUAGUUAUCCAUUCAUGUUUCUUGAAAGAGAAUUUUCUUAAUACAUAAUAAAAUAUUUUUUUAAACCUUUUCAAUAUGGUUCUCACAAAAGAAUACAGAAUAUCCAUGCCUAUGACGGUCGAAGAGUAUCGUAUUGGUCAGCUGUACAUGAUAGCGCGGCACAGUUUUGAACAGUCCAGCAAUGGGGAGGGUGUGGAAGUGGUGGCAAAUGAACAAGUGAAUGACGAGGUCAAUGGCCCGGGCCAGUAUACUGAAAAGAGGAUCCACUUAUCAAGCCAUCUGCCCUACUGGAUACAGUCAAUGACUCCAAAAAUAUUUUACAUCACAGAAAAGGCUUGGAACUACUACCCCUUCACCAUAACUGAAUACACAUGCUCUUUUAUCCCAAAAUUCUCCAUAUCAAUACAAACAAGAUAUGAAGAUAACAAUGGAACAACAGAAAAUUGUCUUGGUUUGACUGACGAGGAACUAGGCAGUCGGGAAGUAGAUUUCCUGGACAUUGCUUAUGAUGAGAUCAAGCCACAUCAUUAUAAAGAGGCAGAGGACCCCAAGUUCUUCAACUCUGAGAAGACAGGGCGCGGGCCAUUGGUGGAGGGCUGGCGGGACACUCAGCAGCCCAUCAUGUGCUGCUAUAAGGUCGUGCACGUCAAGUUCGAGGUGUGGGGCCUGCAGACGCGGGUCGAGGAAUAUGUGCAUGGUGCGAUACGUGAGAUUCUCUUGUUGGGACACCGACAAGCGUUUGCGUGGAUGGACGAUUGGUACAACAUGACUAUUGAUGACGUUCGAGCUUAUGAGAAAGAAAUGCAAGCUAAAACUAAUAGUAAGCUGAAAGCUGAAGAAGCGACACCUGCGACGCCGUCAGACCCCAAGAAGUCGCCAUCUUCCAAACCUCAAACGCCGAAGACCCCGCAGAGCGCGAGCUCCACGCCGACAGAACCCCGGUCUUGGUUUACUUGGUCUUAAGUAUAUGUAGGUAAGUAAACUCAGAGACAGAUUUUAAGAGCAAACACGCUAUUCUCAUAAAAAAACAGAAAUUUCCGUUGUUAUUGUUAAUCUUUAUUAUGCUACUGAUUCGUUCCAUGUCAUCAAAAAUGAACGUUAAAUGAGAGAACGAGAUGAGGUUAUGAGAAUCACUAACGAUAACAUUUAUUAAUCUGUUUAAGCGUUUAUAAGGCAGAAGGAAUAUAUUUCCCGCGUGAUUUUGAAAUUUGUUUCAAAGGGUAGGGUUCAAUUUUGUAUAAUUUCUGACAUCCACAAGGCAUAAAGGGUUAAGAGUGGCGUAUCUGUGUUUAAUAUAGUUUAAUAUGUUAGUAAAUUUCAGAAUGUCACUUCACACAAUAAGCUGAUCUCAUUAAGGUAAUGCCUUCUUGCUGACAAGAGCUUUAUAUCGCAAAGUAGUCUUAGAUUGAUCACCUAUUUACAUGAUGUCAAACGUCGGCCGCUUAUUGUAGGGAGUGAAAUUCAUAUAGGUACUAUUAAUCUGUGGUCAGGAUAUGUAUGUGAAUUUGUGAAAUAUGGCGAUGAUAACCUUCCGAUGUUGCGUGAACCGUAGAGUGAUUGAAGACCAUACAAACUAUUAGUGCAAUUGUUUUAGUUUACAAUUUGUAGCAUUGAGAACUCAAUGCAAACACAAAAUGUGACGUUCCACGGCUUACUUCGCGUAGCACCGCAUUUAAUUGGAGCGCCGUUAAAAAAUUGCUUAAGCGCCGACUGCCAUAAGGUACCUUUAACCGUGGAUCGUGACAAAUAGUUAAGAAUCAAAAUAAUAGUUCCUAUGCUUAAUAUACGGUGUUUUUUCAAUUAUAUUACCCAAAAACAGCGAACAGCCAAAAUUUAAGGAACAUAAGCCAUUUUGUCGUGAUUUCGGUGUUGGUCCUAUACUUAAAGUUAGCCAUUAUGCCUUAUGUAGUCACUUCGCAGAUUUUGGCUAAGUAUUGGAAAACACCUGUAUAUUGAAGUAAUAUACCUACUUACCUAACAUGUACUGUAGUAUAAAUAGUUCACAUCACAUACUUCGUUCAUUUUGAGGUAGAUGAUUUUAUAGACAUUUUAUUGUAGUUGAAUUAUACCUUCUAGGUUUAGGCGAACCGUUAUGGACUCUUGAGCUUGCUUGGCCGUUGAUUGUAUGUUUCUUGAUAUCAAUUUUAUAUUCGGUGUUAACCAUACGAUAAAUAAAUAAACGGGUCAUACUCUCCGUUCUAGAAUACGAAUAAUGGUGUUCGCAAGAGAAAUAACGUGAUUGAUUCCUAUAAAUAUUGAAGCGACAUUUAGUAACCUCGGGAAGGAAAAAAAAUCGAAUUGCGAACACUGGCUCCAUAUUAGGCAAAGGAUUAAUAAAGGUUCAAGAGUGGAGGACACGCAAUACAUGUGUAAUGUUUAUGGGAACUAUAAGAUAAAGUGUCCAGUUUUGUAGAACGUACCGUAAAAGUUUUGUCGAUGCGCCUACGAAAGGCUCGCUUACUGCUUGCGUGGAUUAUUUAGUAUGUACUAUGUGCCACGCACGUAUACAGUUCGCAAUCGGCUCGCGCAGCAUUCGUCAGUUCUGGACGCACCUUUAUAAAAUUGCAUUCCGUAAUAAUUGUCACCAUUAUAUAGUGAAUAAUUAUUUAAAAAGCGUGUGUAGCGGAAAUGUUAUAAAAAUAUGUUAAUUAACUUUAUACACAUGUAUGUUAUUGGUGUUACUUAUGUUAAGUGUUACUAAAUUUACUUCCAUUCUCUAUGGCCUUCUAACAUUAUUAUUGAUAUUAAAUAAGUGGUUGUGCGCUAUUUGUAGUCUCAAAUGACCAAUACACAGUGCAGUGUUUACUAUAACUGAUGUUAUUUAUAAUUAUCUCUGAAUUGAAUACCAAAGUGUUUAACGUGUAGUCAUAUAAGUUUAAAGGGUAAUAUAGGGCAAAUGUAACUUAAAACAUUUUAUUACUAUAAAUAAAUUUUAUUGGAUACUAUAUUACUAGUAUAAGACUUAUGAUAACAUGUAUUGUUAUCGGAACAUAUAUACAAAUUAUAUGUAAUAUAUAACAACUACUGUCAACUGAGUAACGUCAGUUGAUAGUGAUAUAUACCAGUAAAUACAAAGCUAAAUUCAAAAGUUGCGUGAUCACAACUAUUAACUACAUCACUUCAAUAACCAAAUUCAUGAUACGAGUUUACACUCGUCGAAAAAAGUUCAUCAUCAAAGUUAGAAUACCUAUAUAAAAAUGUUACAGGGACAUUUGGUUCAAUAGUAAAUACUAUGUUUGCACUGCGUAGACGGUAAUUGAUGUAGAAUAGAUACGGGUUUUUACGUAUAAUAUAACAUUGUUGUGUCGUGUUACUAAUGGCCUGAUUGAUUCUAAAGCUAGGCCUUCUUAGGGUAAUUAUCAAUAACUGACGCUUUCUCGAAGUUUCCUAAGUUUAUCAGUAUAGCUUCAUUAGCUAUUCUGUUUUUUUUAUUGCUGAGAAUAGUAAGAAAAAUAACUAGGUAUGGUAUCUUACAAAGAAGUUCGCAAAUUUGGUCUGAAAUUACGGCGUACAAAACUGAAGUAAAAAUAAGGUACCUAAGUAAUAGCUAAAUGUUAUCUGAAAAGGCCGAUGAUUGAUGUAUAUUUAGAGUAAAAAACUGAUGUUAACACGAUUCUCUAUCUUAACACAAAUAACAAACUCUUUUUAAUAUCAAGAUGUCUAGAUAUACCUACCAAAGUUUGUAUUAAAAACUUUAUGACGAUUAUGUUAAGGUAGAGAAUCAAACGAACAUCUGGAAUUUGCCUUCCAAAUUUAUUCUAUGUUACUUUAUGUACCUAUUGUAUGUAUUUUGGCUUAAUGUUAUCAAAUGGUAUAAAAUGCGAAUAAAUGUACAAUUCUGUA